AGCAGAAUCAAUCACACAUGUGACCACAGUGGAGAAUAUGAGCACAGAUGUGACCAGUAUGGACACACCAGAGGUCACAAUUGCAAGCAGCAGCAACACAGAGGGACAGGUGAAUCUGUCAGCACCGGCUCCGAAUGGUGGGCACCAACCUGCAGGAGGAGGACGAAGGGGAGUUGUACAGCUACCGAGUACUCCACCGUCCACAGCAGGAGACCACAUGGUGCUAGAGGAAGGUGUAUUGGUCCCAAAGGACAAGUUUGAAUGGGUCAUGGGGGCUUCUGGUGAUUCAAGAUUCUGCCGCGAAAUGGCCCGCCUCCUUUGGACUACCGAGCAACUACAAAACCGAAGUGUAACCGGAGAGGCGUGCAGGAGACUUUUGAAAGAAGGAGCUACCGCCAGGAAAGCUCUUACACCUGUCAAAAUGAGAGCAAUGGCAGGUGCCUACCACGAAUAUAUAAAACGUCAUGGUGACCCUUCGCACAGUUCCGAACAAAGACUCGGACAAAUGAAGAAAUAUCUACGGAACCUGCUGUCCGAUAUCACCAGAAAUGCCAAGUAACGCUACGAACAAUGAAAAGCGGGAGCACCCGUGCAUUACUUUUCAUAUACCGGCUGUUUCAUGAAGGUCCACUUACUGAAUAAUUUGCAAACAGGUGGUGCCAUCAAAGACUUUAUUUUUGGUAAAGAUCCUUGGAACAUUAGCCAUAGGCUGAGUAGGGAGCAGCUCAGUCACAUACCUUUAGUAAUUAAAUAAACAUCCUAACUUUUAAUUAUUACUUCGCAUGCUUAGAGGACCUGUGUUUUAUGUAUCGGGACCUUUUGUGAAAAUAUCCAGAUGGAAAAAAAACUUGUUGACACUGCACCUUUUCAAUGAAUUAAUUUGUUACGAUUUACAUAUUUCUUGUGCGGAGCAAUGCAUGGAUGCGCUCUCUGAGUCAGCUAUGCUGCUGUCAACUUUGUCUUCAUCCAUCUGGAUUGCUCACUGGCGCAGCGGGAGAUUAGGAAAACCGCAUCAGGUGCUUUGGUAUUCCUCCUCAAUGAAACUGGUGAACAGUACUGGCAGCACUCGUUCCAUAGAGAAGCAAUACCAAGGCGUCUGUUGCGGUCUUGCGCCUGUUCCUUAUCCUCUGUCACCCCAAUGUGCCAUCCUAGCGGAUGAACACGAAAGCGCCAGCCAGGCAGCUGAUACAAAAUGGACAUUAAUGCACUGCUCCAUGAAAGAAAUAUGUAAACCAAAACAUUCUAAUUACUAGAAAAUGUGUCUACGUGUUUUUCUUGCAGUAUGUUUUCCUCAAGGUCCCGAUACAUAAGACAGUAGUUAAGAAAGUAUGCAAAGUAACAUUUACAUGUCUGGAUAUUUAUCUAAUUAAUGACUGUAUGCAACUGACCUACUUGCUACUGGGAUAUGGCUGAUACCCCAAGAGCCUGUACCAAAAAGAGUUCUUCAGUAUUUCGCCACCUGUUUACAAAUGAUUCAGCUGAGGGACUGUUCUGAAACACGUGGCAUAAUAAAUCAUUUAUUUCCCACCAUAACUGGGGGAGCCAUGAGGCAACGAGCGAAACUCAAAGUACAAAGAAAAAGCAUUUAG